GGUUAGCAAAAGAACUCAGUUUACAAAGGAUUUGCUUCACAGUGUUCUCAAAGAGCGUGUUUUUUUUAGUACAUGCCAGAUGAUUUGACCUUUGCAGAAAUACAUCUUCUAGGUAAAUAAAAUUAUCUUUUUUCCCCUCUUUGUCUGACAUAGAUGAGAAUAUCCAAAUGCUGCACCUCACAGCUAUUAGUUUGUUUGCCUCCAUUGUAAUAGCGACAGCUCAGGCCGGGAAGAAGUGACCCCAGUCAGGAAGCAGGAGCUACCAUUUUUGCAGCCCCAGAUAUUCCACCUCAGAUCUAUUUCCCAUCUCUAAAGUGGGGAAACAAAGAUGUCACUUGCUCUGAACAGAAGAGAAAAUAAUAAGGAUGACUUUACAUCAUUUAGUAAGGGAGAAAAUGAUAAAGAGGAAAAGUUUGAAGACGCCUAUGAAAUGAUCCCUGCAGCAACAACAAUGGAUCUUGUAUCUUCCCUGGAAGAAUGCACAACUGGAUUGUAUUUGUUUCUGAAUAACAGAUUCUCAGAUGCCAUAAAUCUCAUUUACCCCUGGUCGAAAAACAGCAUAUACCAUGCUCUAAUUUACAGCAUCCUUAUGGUUGUUAAGGCCAUCCUGACUUUUGAUCCACAUGAUAUAGACAUUGGGCUGACUGCGGCAAAGGAAGCUUUGAGAACCUGUAACAAUUUCCGCAGAAAAUCUCGGAUGAUGAGUUUGUCUCAUCUAGUGAGUAAACAGGGCAUAAAGGCUAUCGAAGAGGAAUUGCAUGCAGAAGUCUGCUACGCUGAGUGUUUGAUCUUGAAAUCCACUGUAAUGUUUAUACAGGAUGACAGUGUGCUUAGUUUACUUAAAAGUGGCAUCAACAUUGGGUUAAGUUACCAAAUAUACAAAGACUGUCAGCAGGUACUAACACAGAUACAUAAUUACCAAAGCAAAACCUAUAAACACCUGGUUGGAGGCAUAAAGUUUGGACUUGGUGCAUUCAAUUUGAUAUUAUCACUUGUGCCACCAAAGACACUUAAACUACUCAACAUUGUUGGAUACUCUGGUGAUAGAGAGGUAGGCUUGUCUUUGCUUCAUGAGAGUGCAUCUGAAUCCCAUAUAAAUAAUAUCUUAAGUGUUUUGACUCUAUUCUUUUAUUACAAUUAUAUCUCUGUAGCUUUUGGUGUUGAAAAAGGCCACAGUUCUGCUAUAGAGAAUCUCUCUCUAAUCUACCUCCAGAAAUUUCCAAACUGUGUCAUACUUAAAUUUUUUCAUGCACGUUUUAGUAUGCUGAAAGGAAGUUUUAAACGUGCCCAGUUAACACUGGAGGAGUGCAUUUUUAUUCAGAACGAAUGGAAGCAGGUUCAUCACCUCUGUUACUGGGAACUCAUGUGGUGCCACAUUUUUCUGCUGGAAUGGAGGCAGGCUUACCACUUUGCUGAUCUACUGUUUCAAAAUAGCAGAUGGUCCAAGGCAAUAUAUUCAUUCGCUAAGGCCUCACUACUGGCCGUGCUUCCUUCUGACUUUUUGAAAUCAGUAGGUGAAGACAUGAGCUCUCUCUUCUUAAAUGUGGAUAACCUGAGAAUCAGAAUUUUAGGAACUUCAGUGCCAAUAGAAAAGUUUGUUGCUGAGAAGGGUCAGCGCUAUGGUAGUACUCCUGGCUGGUUUACGGCGCAGCCCAUCCUGGAAUUCAUUUAUGCCUGGAGUGGUUUCCGAGUCAUGAGCAAAAGGCUAGAACUUAUUUCCACCUGGCUAUCAAUAAUUGACAAAGGAGAAGAGCUCUUACAAGAAAAUCCAAAUAAAGAGUAUGGAAUUGAUGACAUAAGUUUACUAAAUUUAUUGAAAGGUCUGUGCCUAAAAUACUUGGGAAAAUAUUCGUUGGCUGAGCACUACUUAAAUCAUGUCAUUCAAAAGGAGAAAUUGUUAAAAUAUGACCACUAUUUGGUGCCAUACUCUUACUAUGAACUGGGUAUCCUAUACUAUCUUAAAGGAGAUUAUGCCAACGCAAUAAAAAGCCUAGAAAACAUAAAAAACUACAAAGACUAUUCCAUGGAAGCCCGAUUACAGUUUAGGGCUCAUGUGGCCCUUGAGCAAAUAGCUAAAGAGAAAUGAUUUAGACACAAACUGCGGUUUUGUUUCUUUAUGAGUGAAAUGUCUACAAUCGGCAAGGUAAUUAACAGCUACAAAAAUAAUUUCUUUGUGGAAGAAAUCCAAGAAGAGGCAGCUGCUAAGAAUGUGACCAGUAACAAGGAAGAAAGGAAUUGGCUCUUACUUUUCUCUCUUUUGUUCUCUAUACCUAUAAAAUGGAAUGUCUUAGACUGGCAAAUGGAGUGAUGCACUUUCUUGAAAAAGAAAAGGCAAAUGAUGUACAUUAUAAAAUUUUCUGGCUAUAUGUUAUGAAUUUAUCUAUUAAGUUAGACAUUUUUUUAAAAACUCAAAAAAUGUUUUUUUUAACAUCUUACUAGAUUAUGUGCAGCUCACAAAUAAAAUAGGGAAAGUAGCUCUACUAGGAAUUCCAGUGCCCUGAACAUGUUUUUAUUUAAUUGUUAAAGAAAUAAAAGAAAAAAGAGGAGUUCCUGUGUGGUGCAGGAGGUUAAGGAUCCAGUGUUGUCAUGCAGUGGCUCGGGUCAUUGCUGUAGCACAGGUUCAAUCCCUGGCCCAGGAACACCACAGGUGCAGGGGAAAGAAAGAAAAGAAAAAAAGACUUAAGGUCUUACUGACAUUUCAAAACAGUGAUGCACUGAAUAGCAUAGACUCUGAAAAGUUUUCCCUCAUACACAAUACUUUUUAUUGGCUCUUUAUACCAGAGAAGAUAUCUUCCCUUGUAUGAUCAGUGGUAUAUUUUACCCUUUCUCACUAGGAAGCUCAAAUCUGGGCCUAUAAUUAGCUACAGAAUAGAGAAGAAAGAGGCCUCUCUUCCACACACAGAAACCCUUUGAAGAUAAUUGGAGGAAAAUAGGAGGAUAGAUUCCCUGGAUAGAGACUGGGCUAUUGGAUGGAGAGUUUAGUUACUGUACAGUCCUCUCUUUAGUUGCCCUCCUUAAGGUAUAAUUCCUAUUAAGAUCAAUUUUUAACAUAAUUAAACCUCUUGCAUCUGUCCUGUUGCCACUGUUAAUGGGCUAAUUUGAGAGUAAACAGCAGCUGUAGGAAUGGGGCUUUAUAUUGUUUUACCUGCUUUAGGGAUAAAAUAAAUUCCUAAUUUCCAGACCAUUAGGUCUGGCUGAGUGUAUUCUCUUUGCAUCACCCUUGGAGAUGGAAGUUGCUGGGAGAGUUUGGUUUGCUAGAACACAUGGGUGAAAUACAUUAUCUUUUUUUUCUUUUUGUCUUUUU